GGUAUGUUAUUGUAAAUACAAUUACCCUUUUUUUUCUUUUUAUUGAAGAAAAACGUAUAUUUUUUAUAUUCUAAAGACAUAAAACAACUGUUCAACCCAGACAGAGAAGUCAAAGACUGUUUGGGUUUAGGUGUAUUUCACUCUCAAUGAGAUCACGCAGGGGUCGUGAUGAAGAGGAGGAGGAGGAAGAGCGGAAAACACGACUCCCGCAGCGGGGAGGGGGCCGUCUGGGUCCCUGGGGUGCUGCUUCCUGGGAGCCGGAGCUUAAUGAGGCCGCUAAUGGGACUGUCACCAUCAGGGCGGGGUCUCCUUGGAAACGACGCGUCACGACACGCAGCGGGAGGGAGGGGGUCAGGUCUGUAUAAGAGCCGCAGAGGGACACAUCAGACUCACAGUAGAGCCUCAGAGCCAGAACCUCCAAGAACCCCGAAACCCGAACCCAAGACAUGCGGUACGAGAUCCAGACCCCCGCGCGCGCCUUCAACAGCCAGCCUGAAACCUGCUUCCUAAUGAAACAGACAUCCUCUUCUAUUGACAACAGCUGCUUCACUCAUGGUUCCGGCCCCAGGAUCGUCCGCCGGAUCUUCACCAACAGCAGGGAGCGCUGGCGGCAGCAGAACGUGAACGGCGCCUUCGCUGAGCUGCGACGCCUCAUCCCCACACACCCGCCCGACAGGAAGCUCAGCAAGAACGAGAUCCUGCGCCUGGCUCUCAGAUACAUCCGCUUCCUGGACCAGCUCCUGACGGACCAGGACCCCCGUGAUGGGGACACGUCAGAGGAGGAGCACGGGCUGCAGGGGGAGCUGUCACCUAAUCUGAGUUCCAUAAGUUCAGAGGAGGUGGAUUUUGACGUACUGAUGGAUGAGACGCUCCAUCUGCCGUACCUCCACCUUCCAUCCAUAUACGACUGAGAAAAGAGUUGGAAGGAUUUGCUCUGUAGAGCAAAGUGAGCAGACAUGACUCGUUAUGGUCGCUUCUUCUUCUUCAUAUUGUGUUCGGGGUCUUGGACCUCAGCUGUGUGAGCAAAUCUGAUCUCUGUGAAUGAACAACUAUUGAUCUAUGUAUGCAGGGUGAGAAAGGUCAGAGGUCAAAAGGCUCAAACACACAUGACACACCAAUGAAGACAAGCGAAAGGCCUUCGUAGUUCUUCAUUAUGAAGAUCCAUCACCAUCAUGUGAUAUUCACAUAGUUAUCCAUGUGUGAAGUUCUGCUGUUCGGCAGAAAAAACAGUAACCAGAUUCAUCGAUGGGUCGCUGAUUUUAUUCUGUAAAUACUUGUGUGUUUUUUACUCUUCUUUGUUAUGAUGUUUGAUACAUUUUCUGUUAUUGUCUGAAUAUCUGGCCAUUAAAAAAAUGCAAAUAAUAAAAUGUGCUUC